AUGCGGUGCUUCCUCGUGGUUCUUUGCUUCCGUGCCGGGUUUCUUCACCGUCAGAAGCUUUUCGACGGUGAUGCCCAUAAGUGGCCUAAUCUUGUCUUUACCCGGCUAAGCCAAGAACUUUGGCUUCUUCCAUCAGACGAGGACAGCGAUGUCGUAUACCGUCGGUACGUUUGCCUGGCGUUAGUGGUACUGGGUCGAGCAGUGCUUGGCACAGUCCGGAGCGCCAUCAAAUUCUAUGCCCACAUGACCAAUGAGGAGAAGGGUGAGGACAAGUCCGAGGAUGGCCGGAUAUGCUCCGGCAUGUUCAUCAAUUGGACGAUCUUUCUGCUGGACAUCACUACAAACUGCGGGUUUCUGCUUGGCUUCCGAGCCGGGCGACACUACUUUGCUGCAGCGAAGCAGGCAUUCCCGGAUGAGUCGGACAGCGCUCCUGAGCUGACCAGCAAUGGCGAGGACAGUGCCGAAUCUAGACAUCAGCCCAGUGGCCAGGAGCGCCCGCUGCCAGGAAGGAGAAGGCUCCCCAUGGAGGUGCCUCCGCUGCGGCGGCCCUCGGCUGUACAGCGUCGAGUGAGGUUGGCACCGGAGAUGACCACAAUGACAAGUUGGAAGAUGAGGCAGAACACGUACGUGCAGAACAAGCCGACUUUCAACAACGAACUGGUGCUGGUAGCAGGUUUGAUGAUCCACUUCAUUGAUCCAGGAGUAUCAGAUUCCUCGUCCAAUCAUGGAAGCAUCGCGCCUUUCACUAGCAUAGUACCCCUGAAGCAGAAAGAGUGUGAGGAGGCUGUGUAUGGCAAUUACGUGACUGUCAAAGGACUCGAAGGCCUGGGAGCUCCAUGGCAACUGGCCAAGACAGUCGCUGACGAAGCCUCUGGCAUUGCACUCCGAGCAUUUCUCCUGGACAACUCCGGAUCAACAAGCGCAUCAGAUGGUCAUGUGCUCCGAAGCGACCAUCUGGGGCGCACCACCUCUCUUCCAGCAACUCGUUGGGAAGAGAUCUGUGCCACGGCGAUAGAGCAGGCUGAGUGGAACUUCUUCGCAGGAAUUUCUACAGAGUUCCACCUGCUCAAUCCAGGCCCUGGAAAGAUCCAAGAGGGCAGGGACUUCGUGACCAUCUCAGUUGAUGGAGAUCGCGCGCAGCUGCAGACACUGCAAACCAUGCUACAACGGAAUGGACCCCACGGCACGACGCCUCUUGCUGCUCGUCUGCGGGACCUAAAGCGCAGAUUUCAAGGACAGGCGCAGCAUGGGCGAGUUAUGCUGUCCGUGGUGACAGAUGGCGUUCCCACCUCCGACGGCUUUGGAACGGGGAAGGAUGACUUUGUUCAGCAGCUGAGGGAGUUUGCCACAGGCCUGAAUGCCUUCGUGGUCAUCCGGCUUGCAACUGAUGAUGACUCAGUUGUUUCCUACUACAACCGUAUUGACGAAGAGCUCGAGUUACCUCUGGAUAUCCUGGACGAUUUGAAGGGUGAGGCUCAGGAGCUGCAUGCUUGCGGCAAUGGUUGGUUUGCCUACACUCCGAUCUUGCAUCGCAUUCGUGAAGGAGGCAGCCUUCAGAAGAUUUUCGAUUUGCUGGAUGAACGAGCCCUUGGAGUGGCAGAGAUCAGCGUCCUGUUGGAGCUCCUUCUCAGGGGCCCAGAGGAUCCUCCCUUUCCACGUCAGCCGGAGGAGUUGUAUGCUGUGGCUGCUCAGAAAGUCACUGAAGCUCCUCCGGUCUUCAAUGGGCGGCUGAACCGGAUGACAGACCCGAUCGACCUGAAAAUGCUGAAAAAGGCUCUGAAACUCUCUCCUUGGCCGACUUGUACAGUGAUGCGAGUCUCGUAUCGCGCAGAUGUUGGUUGGAACAAGCUUGCGCAGUGGUUUCCUCCUUUGACAGCCAACCUGCAUGAUGGUGCAAGAGGGUCGCUCACGAUGUCGACUGGCCUCCUGCACAGGCUGCGCUUCUUGGCAAUCGGGAUGAUGAGGCCGUUUCAUGCCUUGGCUGCGUUUUGUUUGAUCAAGGUGGAUGUUUUCCGAAUGCGGCCAUACUUUUUCUCCUGGACUCCAGACUUCGGAAGAUGGCGGCUGCGCAGGGUGGUUCUCGGCAGCUGGCGAGAUCUCUUCUAUUUUGCGAUUCUUUAUCCUGCGACGACCACGGCCCUCCUUCUUGGAGCUGUCCUGGCUCAUCAUUUUGCCACGGGCAGGCUUAGCCUCUUUGACGGUGUCUUGCACAGGGCCGUUAUGACGGUCAUGUCCUACGCCACUCUCCUUGGGUCGCAGCGGGCGUACUUUGCAAUGAGCUGCUUGCUCAUCAGUUGGGAAUGCCGACAGCUUGAGAUCCGCGCCAACGACUUUGCGCGGUGCGCAGCCAGUGCGUGGAAUCCCCGACAGCUGGUCUUCGACUUGCCCGUCGAGAUGAACAUGUUUUCGACGGACCGCAGCUUGCCGGCUCCGUCGCUUUUCGCUUCCCUGCCUCCUUUGUGUCUUUCUCGUCGCUUCGACGACAUGGCCUCGACACCCGUCUCGUCGAUUGCCUCGUCUGCCACUAACGUGGCCGACGUUUUGGCGUCCCUCGGCAACGACGAGCUCGCGGCGGAGGUGGGGAGCUGGUCGGCGGAGCUGCAAGCUAAGGUGGUGGCGGCGGUAUCCGCCCUUUCUUCGACGUCGACAUCGACAUCGGCGUCAACUCUGGUCCGGCGGCGCAAGAGCAACAAGCUCGACGCGGCCUCGUCUUCCACGGCGGCAUCCUGGUUGGCCCCGGCGGUGGAGCCGGCUGACCUCUCGGCGGAGCUGACCGCGAUCCAGGAGGGUGAGCACUCGCCGGCCGCAACCACCAUUGCCGACGACGAGGUCAUCAACUUCGGCGCCAUGCAGACGCCGUUGGGCAACCCGCCCGUCGUCGUGGUGGACUUCAGCGCCGCUACCGGCCCGGACCCUGGCAGCGGCGCAGACGCAGGCGGCCACGGCGGCGCUGCAGGCGGCCACAGCCGCGCUGGCGGCACGACCUCGACGCCUACCACCAGUACGUCGACCGCUACGGCUUUCUUGGCGGCUGCUGGCGGCGAUGGAGGCCCGACCUCGGCGCCUACUACCACGUCGCCUACGCCCACGCCGACGAAGGCCGGGUUCCUGGCGGCCUACGGCAGCGAUGGGGGCCCAACAACGGAGGACAAUAUCGACGCUUCGUCUGCCUCGUCGCCCUACAUCCCGGCACAGGUCAUCAUGGCGAAGCGCCCGCCGGCAGAGCUGCGGCUUCCCGGCCCAGAGCCGCACGAACAGGUCGACGACUAUGCCGAAAGGUCGGCGACCGUCCUGGCGCAGCGGAGCAGUCUGACUGAGCUCCAGCGCCAAAUCGCGGCGAAGAUGUCCGACGCGGCGCAGGAGACCGGCAACUGGGGAAGGGCCGGCGAUGGCGGCGGACUCGGCAACUUUCCGUCGCCCGAGGAGGCCAGGGCCAAGACGGCGCAUCGACAGGAUCGGCAUAGACCGCUGCUGCUGACUGGUCCGGCGGCCGCGGCUGGUUCGGUCGUCAACGAGGAGGACAGCGGCGACGACCUGCCAGAAGGCUUCGAUAUGAGGCCGGAGCGGCGCGCGGCGCUCUUCGUGCCAGACAUCGACUGGCUCGCCUACAAACGGCGGAUGGAGGGCCGCGGCGCAUGGUCCGUCGAAGAGCUCCCCGACGACCUGGAGCUCCUGGCAGUCCCCGACUCCGGCGCCCUGCAGCGGCUGUACGCCGGCGGCGGCGCCCCUCUGGUGCCAUAUUCCCUGGCGGCAAGUGCGUUCUUCAUUCGGCGCUUGCCUCCCGACCAGCGCGGCGGGCGCAUCCCGAAGAAGCACGCCGGCCGACGCGUCGCUGGGUGGUGCGGUGACCGUCGGCUCUUCGGCGUCCUCGGCGACUUCGGCGUCCUCGGCUUCAUCGCGACGGGUGCCUUUGGUCGUGACUCCUGCCCUCCUUUAAUUAGUUCGGUGGUCGAAGCGGCGAUCGCCGCCGGUUUGGCGGCAGCCCUGCCCGUGCUUGCCGAGGCCAGCGUCACCUGCAUCGACGACAUUCGCCGAGGCCCGGUGCUUGACGGCGUACCCCCCGAGCACCUGGUGCAGAUCGUCGAGGCGAGUCAGGGGACGCGUCGGCCAACCAGUCACAGCUGGCUACCCAGCCGUGGCCACCCAGGCCCGACGCUCCUGUCAGGACUCGACAGCCUUGACGAGGGCAUGCUCGCCAGAUCGUCUGGAGUCCCGCCUGCGCGGUAUGCGGCGGCCUGGGAGGUGGGCUUGGACCGCACGGCGACCCUCGCGCUGAUCGUCGACAACGUCGCCGACUUGGUCCACCAGGUCGUGGAGCCCUUCACGGCGGGGUGCACCAUCAACGGCGUCAACCACUUGGCGCAGCCCGAGCACCACGCCACCGUCAGGGCCAUCAUCACCCACAUGUGGCGGGAGGCGCGCAGGCAAUGGGACAUCGCCAUGGUGACGCCCCCGCCCACUCCGGCACCGUCCUCCACGCCAACGACGACGGUGACUUUGACGGGCAUGGCGGUCGACUCCGACGACAAGAUCCCGAAGACGUUUGCCCACUGGGCCACCCAGAUCGACGUCUACAACAACCGCCGCGGCGCUUCCCCGAGAACAUGCUCGCCGGCGUACACGCCGAUCAGCCUUGGCGAGAUCCUUCAAAAGCGGCUGUUCACGGCGUCUGGCGACGUCAAUCCGCUGACUCUGCCCAGACAGGGCUCCUCGGCGACAGCCGGCCAGGCGCUGCGGCUCGUGAACGGCGAGGUGUCCGCGGCAAUCCGACCGGUGAAGCGGCUGUGGCUGAAAGCGUCGUGGGCCAUAGCCCUGGAAAUGCGGGCCGGCAAGACGUUCAAGGAGAUGGCCGCCGAGGUCGUGGCCGACACGGCGAUGGUGAACGAGGCCAUGGCGUACGUCGAGCCGGCACCGAAGCGCAGCCCCGCCAACGGCAGCACCAACGACGAUGACUUCCAGCCCAAUGCGCCGCGCUGCGCCCGCGGCAGGGGUCGCGGCGGGAACCGCCAGUAUAGGCGCAGGAACGAUGACGACGACUACCAAGGCGGUCGCCGAGGCGGAGGCGGCAACCGCGAUCGACGGGGCGAUCGUGCAGACGACCGCGACGAUCGGAGAGAAGACCGCCGAGAUGACCGACGAGAUGACCGUCGCGGAGAUCGAGACCAAGAUUGGCGGCGCGGCGGCGGCAAGGGCUACCGCCAGCAGUACCAGCAGUGGACACACGACGAUGAUCGGCAAGGCGACCGGCGCCAGUGGGACUCGUGGGGGCAACAGACGGGGCCCACCGGCGGCAACAAGUGUAAGGUACCCGACCCUUCGGCCAAGCGAGUUCGACUCCGACAGCGCGCCCCCGACGGCAGGGAGAUCAUCCUCCUUUCCUUCUUCAACGGGAUCGGCGCGGCGCCCUACAUCCUGGACCGGCGCUUCGGGAAGUUGAAGGCGGCCUUCGCGUGGGAGACGGACGACAUCGCCGGCGUCGUCGAGCAGGUCGACCCCGACGAUGCGGCGAUCAUCAUCAUCGCUAUGGCGCCGCCCUGCCAGGACUUCAGCCUGAUCCGGUCCGACUGUCCUGGGCACAAAGGUAAGAACGGCGGCCUCUUCCUAAAGGCGACCGGCUUUGUCGACGACAUCAAGCGGCGCCUGCCGCAGCGGAGGUUCGGCGCUCUCGCCGAAAACACCACCAUGCGGAAAGAGGACGCGCAGAUCAUUUCCGACGAGCUCGACUGUCAGAUAUCCCGGCCACGUCUAUUCUGGAUGUCCAUCGACUGGUCCGACGUCCGGCAGGACCCGGCGACAGGCGCCCACCUGGUUUGGUCAGUCCAGGACGGCUGGGACCGCCUUCAGCUUGAUGCCACACGGCCGUCGACUGACGACUUCGACCUGGCCGGCCCCAAUUGUUCCACCCUCGGUCUCCUCCGGCAGGCGGUGCAUGCCAUGCUCCACCACGCCGGCGCCAGACCGGCGCCUCGCAUCCAUUCCGCCCAACCCGACAAGCGGCACUUCGCGCCUUGGCACUAUGUCAGGGAGGCGCUCAUGGAGGAAAUGGUUGGCACUGGGGUUGUGGCGACGCGGCUCUUGUGCAUGCUAAUGGGACACACCUCCGCAGCACCGGCGGCAGCGGAGCCGACCGUGCCAGCGGCGCCACGCCGCUCCACCAUCGACUUCGUGGCAUCCUCAAACCGGGCUUUGUAUGGCCUGCCGGCUGCCGCCGGCACUGGUGGCCGCACCGGACAGCUUGCAGCCGACAUGGUCCACCCCACGGCGCAGCCGUUCGAGCCAGCGUGGGUCCUCCUCGCCCUCCUCGAUGAGACCGGCCCACGCUGGUCCUCGUCCUCCUCGACCUGCGGCGGCGUCACCGACGACCUCACCAACGGCUUCGACAUGGUGGGCAAGGUGCGACCGGGCCCGGGCUGGCGCAAACGCACCGACGGCCGGUGCAACGACCCCAAGCACAUCCAAGACAGACGUGUGUCGGCGGAACCGGCAUACGCCGAGCAGCUGCUCGAGGAACUGGUCGACGAGCAGCGGCUGGGCAGAGUGGUCGGCCCCGGCUGCGACGUGCUCCUCGACGCCCCGGCCGACCAGUUCCUGGCGGCAGCGCGACGCUCGGGACACAGUGCAGCCAUGGAAGCAGACGACGUGCCAACACAUCACACCGUCGGCGACUUUGUCGACCUGGCACGGCGCUUGGCCGAGGAGAGCACCGACCUGCUCGCCUUCGGCCACGACAUGCUUAACGCAUACCGGCAAUGGCCGGUCCGGCGGCCGGAGCACUGCGCCACGUUUCUGCCGACAGCAGCAGGGACCAAGCCGAGCAAGGCCCAGCCGCCCGCCAAGCAGCAGGUGAUACAGGGCGUCCAAGUCCACCUCGGCGCCGACGGCCUCCAGGCCAUUAUUCGCGAAGUGCUGGACACCGGCGUCCUCGACCCGCCGGCCGCACAGCGUCUCUCCGGCAAGCUCGGCUUCCUGACCCAGGCGGUGUUCGGCGCAGGCGGCGCAGCCGGCAAGGACGGACGCCAACCUUACGCCGAAGCUGGUGACGCGCUCCUCGCGUCGGCGGCGCUCCUGGAUCACAUUCAGCCCAGGUUCAUCCCAUACGGCGAGCCCAGGCCGACCCAAGCCACCAUCUUCGCGGACGCGUUCUUCGUCGACCGCGGCCGUCAGAUCAAGGCGGGACACGUUGCCGACGAUGCCGGCCGACACCAAAGCCAGCGGCGCCGCAACGGUUGGGGCUACGUCGCGCACAUCGGCGACCAGGUCUUCUAUGACUUCGGCGAAGCUCCGGCCUGGUUCCUCGACGUGUUCGCGGAGCGGAAGGCCUUCAUCUACGCCCCGGAGAUCCUCGCACAGGUCCUGGCCAUCGCCACCUUCGCCGCCCGGCUGCCGCCGCUUUGGACGGCUUACAUCGAUAACGUCGCCGGCCAGUGCGCCCUGACCAAGGGCUACGGAAACAACGGCGCCGUCAACGGCAUGGUGGCGGCCAUGUGGGGGCUGGCAGCCGCACAAGCAUGGGCGCCCCACUUCGAGCGGGUGCCGUCGGCUGACAACGACGCCCUCUCCCGAGGCGACGAAGGAGAAGCCCAACGGCGAGGGUGGACGAGGGUCCACACCCGCCAGGACGAGAUCCUCCAGAUCCUCUACCAGGCCGGCGCCUCGACGCAGUAUGCCACAGCCUCGGCGCCGGCGGAGCUGGUCAACAUCGCCUUCUGA